AUGGAUGAGUGCCAUGAUGCCGACCCCGAUGUUGCAAAUGGUCUUGCAAGCUCUGGGUUACUUAGUGACCUACGGCGACAAUCGAAGACGGGCCACGAGAACCAAUCUGGUAAAGUCUUUGAGGCGAGAGGUUUGGCUCUUCCUGUACCCCUGACUUCGAUUGAUGUGGGCAAGGGUAAGCAACAUCCCGUGCUAAAGGUCUGUGACAUGCUACAAGUGUUGGCUCAGAAAAGCAAGCUGCCACUUUUCUGGGGCAGCACGAAGCUGAAAACCCGAUCGGCGACCCUCACUGAAUUCUGGAGCCGCUAUCGCAGGCAGGAUGCUGAGCAUGCCAUUUUCGAGCAGCAGGGGCAGCAUCUUGAUCGAGUGUUGCCAUUGCAAAUACACGCUGAUGAAGGGCAAACACUUAAGAAGAGUGGUGUCAUGAUCAUUAACAUUCAGUCCCCUAUGGGUUUUGGAAUCAGCACAUCUGACGACAUUGAUGAUGCCAUGGCUUUGAACUACAUCGGCAACACCUAUGCGACCAGGUUUUUGUAUACAGUGUGCACGAAACGUGCAUACAGCAAGAAAAAUAAGUAUGUGCUGGAUGCGAUUCUAGAGUGUUUGGCUGACGAGCUCAAGGAUCUUUUUACACAUGGGGUAUCACUUCAAGUUGGAAAGCAAAACAUGAUCAUGUACGUGGCUACAAUUGGGCUGAAAGGCGAUUGGCCGGUGCAGGCACGAAUUGGCAACUUGACCCGUCACUUCGCCAAGAACCCUGUUUAUACGCCUUCGAACAAAAGCGGGUUUUGCCAUCUUUGUCGGGCCGGCGAAAUCAACUAUCCACCGUAUGAUUAUUGCCGAAAUGCCUCUUGGAGAUCUUCCUUUCUUACUCGUGUUCCAUGGACUACCGAGGGCCCUUUGUGCAGGAUUCCACAAUCUGCGAGAAAGGAAAGAAUGCACAGGUUCGACUUGUUUCACACUCUACACAAGGGUGUGUUCGCCGAACUGGCCGGCAGUGGACUAGUUGUCCUUUCGGACUAUGGACUCGUCGGGGAUGGCAACUUUCAAACUCAGCUCGAUGCGAUUUAUGAGCUUUUGAAAUCACACUGCCAGACGGCGAACAUAGCUCUUCAUAUGGAUGGCUUGACGAGGCACCUUCUGAAAUUCCCAGGUGACUAUGAGUUUCCUGUGGGGACUUGGUUCAAAGGCGCCGACACCAGAGCGGUGUGUUCAUUUUUGGAAAGCUUUCUUGAACAUCAUGUGGCUCAGCUUGCAGUUCCGGAUCCGUACUUGCAAAGUAUGCUUUUGGCAUGUCGUUCGGCGAACGAAUUCCUCAAGGUGCUGUAUUCUUCUGGGUUAUGGCUAUCACGAGAACGUUGCCAAAGGGCGGCACAAGCAGGUUUCGACUUCAUGAAAAGCUACCUUGAGACGGCAGAUGCUGCACAUCGAUUGGACAAAACCAGGUUUAAGCUUACCCCUAAGCUGCAUGCUUUGCUGCACGUGAUCGAAGCAUUAGCACAUGGCUAUGAACGAGGCCAAGUGUGGGUUUGGAACCCACUCGGUGAUGCUUGCCAGAUGGACGAGGAUUGGAUUGGAAAAAUUGCUGGCAUCACCACUACAGUUUCCACUCGCUCUGUUCAUCGGCAAACUCUCCGAAAAUACCUCGUGAAUGCAUCGAGGCAUCUCUUUGGCGACGAGUGA